AUGCCGCGGGGGUUCCCGUGGCUCCUCCCCGCCGCUCCGGGCGCCCGCGGGCGGCUGGCUCCAAGUGCGGGCCUCCCAGCAGCCGGGGCGGGGCGCAGCGCGGCCGGCCGGGCACUCCCAGUUCUGCGCCGCGGCUCGGCGUGGAGGAUGGGCCCCUGGCUGCAGCCGCCACCCGCGCUGCUGCUGCUGCUGCUGCUGCUGCUCGCGCCGCCCGCCCGGGGCGCCCGCCUCGAGCGGCCACCGCACGUGGUGCUCGUGCUGGCCGACGACCUGGGCUGGAAUGACGUGGGCUUCCACGGCUCGCACAUCCGCACGCCGCACCUGGACGCGCUGGCGGCGGGCGGCGUGCUGCUGGACAACUACUACACGCAGCCGCUGUGCACGCCCUCGCGCAGCCAGCUGCUCACCGGCCGCUACCAGAUUCAUACAGGUUUGCAGCACCAGAUAAUCUGGCCUUGUCAGCCCAGCUGUGUUCCUUUGGAUGAAAAACUCCUGCCUCAGCUUCUAAAGGAAGUGGGCUAUGAUACCCACAUGGUGGGAAAGUGGCACCUGGGAAUGUACCGGAAAGAAUGUCUUCCAACCCGUCGGGGAUUUGAUACCUACUUUGGGUACCUCCUCGGUAGUGAAGACUACUACUCCCAUGAGCAUUGUGCAUUUAUUGAGGCGUUGAAUGCUACACGAUGUGCUCUUGAUUUUCGAGAUGGUGAAGAAGUUGCAACAGGCUAUAAAAAUAUAUAUUCAGCAAACAUAUUUACCAAAAGAGCUACAGCACUCAUAGCUAACCAUCCACCAGAAAAGCCUCUGUUUCUGUACCUUGCGCUGCAGUCUGUCCAUGAGCCCCUCCAGGUCCCUGAGGAAUACCUGAAGCCGUACGACUUCAUUCAAGAUAAGCACAGGCAUAUCUAUGCAGGCAUGGUGUCCCUUAUGGAUGAAGCAGUGGGAAAUGUCACCGCAGCCUUAAAGAGCCGUGGGCUCUGGAACAACACAGUGUUCAUCUUCUCCACGGACAAUGGAGGGCAGACUCUGGCUGGUGGUAAUAACUGGCCCCUUCGAGGAAGAAAAUGGACUCUGUGGGAAGGAGGUGUUCGAGGAGUGGGCUUUGUGGCAAGCCCCUUGCUGAAGCAAAAGGGCGUGAAGAGCCGAGAGCUUAUCCACAUCUCCGACUGGCUGCCGACCCUGGUGAAGCUGGCAGGAGGACACACCAAUGGCACCAAGCCUCUGGAUGGCUUCGAUGUGUGGAAGACCAUCAGUGAAGGAAGCCCCUCCCCCAGAGUGGAGCUGCUGCAUAACAUCGACCCCUAUUUUGUGGACACCUCACCCUGUCCUGGCAACAGAAUGGCUCUAGCAAAAAAUGAUUCCUCUCUAGAAUACUCUGCCUUUAACACAUCUGUCCAUGCUGCAAUUAGACACGGAAAAUGGAAACUCCUCACAGGCUUCCCAGGUUGUGGUUCCUGGUUCCCACCACCAUCUCAAUACAACACUUCUGAGAUCCCUUCACUGGACCCAUCAACCAAGACCCUCUGGCUCUUUGACAUUGAUCGAGACCCAGAAGAAAGACACGACGUGUCCCAAGAGCAUCCCCACAUCGUCAGGAAGCUCCUUUCUCGCCUGCGGUUCUACCAGGAGCACUCAGUGCCGGUUUACUACCCCCCGCAGGAUCCCCGCUGUGAUCCCAAGGCCACUGGGGUGUGGGGCCCCUGGAUGUAGGGCUCUGGGAGGCUGGAACACUCUUCCAUGUAAGCUGGACCUUGGGCUUUGACUCUCAUGCUUGCCUCUUGUCCCCUUCAUUGUCCUCCCUGAGCUCGCGCUGUCUUUCUCGUGCUCCUAGACCACACCAAGGAGUCCAGUUUCAAUCCGUAGUGCAUUUCAGAAGCCAAGACAAGCUAGGAGGCUCCUGCUGUUGGCUGGCACUAGUGUCUGGAGGCUGGAGUGGCUGCGUUCUCCCCUCUUCCUCUGUUGUGGGGCAGCUCGGAACUUGACAUAGGAAGUUCUCAGUGAGUCCUGGAGGCUGGGACAGCUGGCUCUUCUUGUCUCACAAGUCAGUCAUUAGAUUUGUCUCUGCCAUUAGUAGUUUUAUUGGCAUGACUCACAUGUCUUGUAACAACUGCAGGGAGCAGAUGAUUGUCAGCGGUUCCGCUGGCCAUCGGGCCUUUCUGAGAUCAUCAGGUUCAGGCAGUCCAUGUCAAUGAGCCCUCUGCUCGCUUACCCCUCAUUCGCUCAUCUCCUCAUGAAGCCCAAGGCCCAUGGCGUUAAGGUCAGCAUGGCAGGGUGCAUAUGCCUUGACUUUGGUUUCCACAGUAAAAGAUGUUGUUGUUGUUUCCCCUAGCACUUCCCCCAGUUAUUUCUCAUUCUUUCUAGACUUUUACCACCCCCAGCUUUCCCUGCAGGGUACUUGGACGCCAGUGUCCUGUGCCACAUACCUCUCUACUCUGAGCACCUUGAGCCUUGGAACACUCCUAAGCUCUUCCCAGAGAAGGUAGGCUGGGGCACUCUGUGACCAAGCUCAUGGGAAACACAGAAAGGGCAGGUUGGGACAUGUGGCAUCUGUUAGGGAGGUUUCUCCUAUGUUGUGUGGCAUCCAUUCUUGUGACUGUGGAUUGUGGCUUUUAUCUCCUAACAUACUGUGAGUGACACUGCUGUCCCCAGCAGUGAAGGGAAAUGUCAGGAGAGACCACUUUGUCUGGAGUUGAUGGAAGUGUGGCUGUUUGAGAAAGAAAACGACCAGCAUCUGUUACAUUAGCCUCCACAAAGUAGAGGUGAUCUGAGCCACGUUUCUCCUUCUCUGUUUCAUUGCUUGUAUUGGGUUUGGGGUUUGGAGAAGGAUGGACAGUUUGAGUACCAGAAUCGAAAACUAAAACCACUAAAUGUAUAAUACAGGCCUCAUUUGUAUAAGCCAUCUUUUGUUUCAGUAGCAAGAUGCCCUGGUCACUUCUGUACAUACUGUAUUCUAUUACAAUAAGACAGUUGCAGGAAAAUGUUGCUAGAACUAAUGACAUCUCUUAUCAACCUUUUCCCACCUUGUGGUUUGUCAGGCAGUUGGUCAGAAGGCCACCUCUCACUUUGAAGCCUGUGGCAGAAGUCUGAACUGAGCCUGGUGGUCCAGCUGCACCUUUGAAUCGCAAAGCCGCUGGUAGCCUCGUUUAGUAUUCUCAGUGGAAGCUACUACUUCAUGGCUCCUUUCUGGGUUUCCCUGUUGUGCUUCCAGCAGCUGUCCCCAAUUCCAGACCCUUGAUUUCUGUGUAUUCUGGGAAUGUUCCACAUUCAGUGGAUUUAAGAAGACUUUCAAAAAGUAAUUUUAAAAGAUGAUUUGAGAUUUUGUUUUAUCCCUGAAGAAUAAUUUAUAUGAAAAGAAAAAGCUUGUAGGUUGUCAUAUUUAGA